GCGGAUAUUACCCUAGUUUACCUCCUCACAGUCGAAGCGUCGCUGCUCGAUAAACUGAAAACACAAGUACUGUAUUUUUAUUGUGUAUUUUUGUCAUUAAAACGGUUUAAACAUGGCCGGAGUCAACCCCUGUCUCAAGAAGACCUUCACCAUCUUCAACGUCUUUUUCGCGAUUAUUGGCGGCCUCAUCAUCGGGUUUACUCUACUGUGUCAGGUCCUCACCAGCGCUAAUGGAAGCGAGCUGGAAGGACGCACCUACAGCGUCAUCGCCCUGUACGUGAUGGGCGUCAUCACCAUGGCAAUCGCCCUCUUGGGAGCCUGUGGAGCCCAUAAGGAGAACAAAGCAUGUCUGAUUGUGUUCCUGGUCUGUAUGGUGAUCGGAAGUCUGCUGAUGCUUCGAACUGGAGUCCCCGUCGCCGUCGCCCGCCCCAGGAUUGAAGGUAUGAUGGAGGAAAGAUUUCAACAGCUUCUGCCUUUGGACAAAGCUUCAGAUGAUGUGAAGGAUAUGGCCGACUCCCUGCAGACACAUCUCCAAUGCUGCGGUCUGUUCAGCUACCAGGACUGGGAGCAGGACAUCCCCGUCUCCUGUCAGUGCAACGAGGAGGAGGAGAUGGAGGGGCAAUGUCAGACUGUGAACAUCUACAAGGAUUUCAUGCUGAAGUCAAGAUCCAUCUUCGUUAAGCCCUGCUUCCCCAUCCUGAUGCACUUCAUCCUGAUGGUUGUUGACAUCAUGAUCGGUGUGGUCUUCACUCUCGCUGCGCUGGCGCUGCUGGGCAUGAUUCUGUCCUCCGUCAUUAUCCACCAGAUGCGUUACCCCACCAGCCCCCCCAUGAUGGUGACGGUGCCCGCCAUCUUCGCUUCAGGGCCUCCCAAGUACCAGGAGCUGUACAACCAUCCUUAAUACUAGAGGAACCUCCUGUGUCUUCUGUCAGCAGCUCGAUGUACAAGUUCAGGAAGAUUUUCUUUUUUUGUUUUGUUUGUUUCUUCUUGAAUUUGAGGCUGUAGAAGCGGAGAGGCGACUAUACCAAAGUGCCUUAAUUCACUAUGAGAAGAUCUGACUGUCGGCUUGACAUGAUGAAAGAUAUAGAAAACACCACUGGUUUAAUUUUCUAAUGAGCUGCUUAAAAAAAAAUCUGCAGUAAGAUUAUUAGCUGCUCUUUUUAAAUGUAAGAGUGAAUCUGAUUCAUUGUUUGAUUUUCUGUCAGAAUCUGCUGCUUUAAUACAACGAGAGGAGUGUGAUUUUUUUAUUUCCCCUUCACAAUCACAGGAUAAUAACCUUAAAAUGAAGUUUAUUUAGAUUUUACUGAAUUUUUUUGUUUAUUUUAGAGAAAAAUUAUUUAAUUUCCACUGGAGCAUUAAUACUGCUUUGUAGAUCAUAAUCUACAUUUAGCAAGCUCCUUUUUCUAAACCUAAAAGAGACAAGUUAAAUGUGACUUCUAACGUGUUUUUUGUUUCCUUUUGCAAACACAAAGCUGUUCUCCAGGAACACAAAUGUCAAAACAGGGAAAGGUAAAUCCAUGCAGUCGUGUCUAGACGGUAACCCUAGUGCUGCAAACCGCGGGAGUGUUCAAAUAUCUGGGGUUUCCAUCUACACACAACUGCAAAACAUAAAAUAAGAGUUAAUGAAUCAUAUUAUUUGACUUGUUGCUUAAAGUCGAGAUAAUUGAAGUAGUUUAUAUUUUUUUUAAUAUAUUCUUUCUGUACGAAGCUUUAGCAGCCGAGUGCCUGCAUCACAUGAAACAGGGAACAUUAGAAUAAGUUAGUUUUUUUGUUUAAGAGACAAUAGUUGCAUCUGUAAAAUAGAGGUAUGGUCCUCUCAGCUUCAGUGUCAGAAGGUUUUUGAUUUGAUUCAUAAAAUAAAAGAAAUUUUUUGUGAUUGUAACAAACCAAAGGGAGAAAUAUCUGUGGUAAAACCCUCUCUGGUGUUUUUCUGUAACUUUUUGUUUUGCUGCAGUUUCUUAAAGCUCAUUGCACUUUUGACAUAGCUACACAAUGCAAAAAAAAGGGAUAGACAAAGAGACUUUUCUUUAUUACAUUAACAAAACGUAUGUCCUAAUUCUCAUUUACUGCUUUUUUGUAGAUUAUAAAAGCCAUACCAUCGGUGCCAAAAACUCUUCUUUUCUUUUCCGAAAUAAAUCUUGAAUAUAGUUUACAGCAAAAAACCUGAAAACUGAACAACAUUAAUCCAUCAGAGGCAUGUUUGCAGAAUCGCGCCUCAGUCAUGUUUAAUUUUUUAACUAUUAUAUAAAGUGUCUAUCAGUGGGUUUUUUUAAUCUUUAUCUUUCUGGGACAUUAAACAGACCAUAACCGUUAUCUGUCCUUCAUAUUCCAUAUUUUUCUGUUAGCAUAACAUCAAAUAUUGAGAUAAUAAGGCUUCUCUUUUGUAGACUCAGCACUGUGUCGACAAAGCUUUAAAAAAAGCUUCCUGUCAAGUUUUUAUUUUAUUUUAUUUUUUUAUGAUCAAACAUUGUGGGGGGGGGGGAAAAGUUGAAGUUGAAAGUUUGUCUUUAUCUGGAGCAAAGGGAAAAUUCUGUGUAUCAUUACAUUCUUAAUUCUUCUGUUGUGAUGACUUAAAGAAAUAAAAACAUUCAAUAAAACUA